GGUUACCCAGAAGUGGCAGCUACCCAAACGCGGAUCCUCACUGCUGGGGUGUUGUGGCCAGGCGGGUUUGGCCUAUCUCCGGCGGCGCUAGUGUUGGGCUCGGGAGGUAGUGGAAAGGGAGGGCGGGGUGAAGUCUCUGUGGAGCCCGCAGGCCUCGCAAUGAAGAGGGUUUGGGGGUUCGGGAGGGAGAAAGGCCUGUCGCCCUUGGGCUCCGCUUCUGGCUUGCAGAGGCAGGGCAGGGGCGUUAGGCAGGAGAAUAAUAGAACUGACAACUUGCUGUUGGGUUACCACGUCCGAGACAGAGAUCUCAGAAAGAUCCACAAGGCUGCCUGCGUGGGCAACGUAGCGCAAGUGCAGCAGAUUUUGCUCUUGGGGGAAAAUGGCGUGGAUGAUAGAGACAAGAUGAACAGGACUGCUCUCCAUUUGGCCUGUGCCAAUGGCCAUCCAGAAGUGGUGACCCUCCUCGUAGAGAGGAAAUGCCACCUUAACCUCUGUGAUCAUGAAAAAAGGACAGCUCUCAUGAAGGCCGUACAGUGCCAGGAAGAGGAAUGUGUAAACAUACUAUUGGAAAACGGUGCUGAUCCAAAUAUUAGGGAUGUGAGUGGCAACACUGCUCUCCACUAUGCGGCCUUUGGUGAUAAUAUAUCCAUAAUAGAGAAGCUGCUGCUAUACAAUGCGAAUACUGAAGCAAGAAAUAAGGAUAACUUCACACCACUUCUAGUUGCUGUAAAUGAAAACAAACAGCAAAUAGUGGAGGUUUUAGGAGAAAAGGCGGCAAAUAUACAUGCAGAGGAUAAAUUAAAAAGCAGUGACGAAAUAAUUUGCCACCAUAAAGAAGAAAUCAUGCUUAAAAAUUCUUUGCAAAGUAGCAAUCCAGGAACAGAUAAGAAUGCUGAGGAAGACUCUAUAACCAGCAGCACUGAGAUGAAGAUACAGAUCCUAGGACAGAUCAACUCAGAAUGUCAAAGGCUUUCCGGCAAACCUGGUCCUGAUGAUUCAUGGCCUACAUCAGCUAGCCAAGACUUCGAUUUUGAUACCAAGUAUCCACUUCCAUUAAAGGUUGAAGAAAAAAAGAAGCACAGAGGAAGUGACAUGGAAGUAUCAGAAAACAUACACGAUGCUGCGGUUGCUGGAUUAAUUCCACAAAGACAGAAUGGAAAAGCUGAUAACCAUCAAUUGCCUAUUACAGAAAAAAAAGAUUCGGAUAGGAGUGAACCUGGGUUACAUAGGAAGAAGUUAAAGGAAGGUGAAAAUGAAAAAGGGACAUCAAAAGGAUCUGUGAUCACACCAGUGUUGAAGAAGGCCGAUUCCCUAACUGGUGGUCCACUACAAAAGAAUGAUGGCAGCCAUUUCAGUGAAAAGGAUCAGCAUGAAAGCAGGCCUGCAAAGAAAAUUUCUAAGAAGAAGAACAAGGUCAAAAAGCAAAUUACUUCUAAGGAUGACCUUGUCGACUUCAUUCAGUCAUCUGAAACAGCCUCAGAGGAUUGUGGGUUGCCUUACUCUAAGAAUUUCACGUUGCUGACUGAACAACUUGGCAUGGAUUGUAAAGGAACAGAUAAGAAUGCUGAGGAAGACUCUAUAACCAGCAGCACUGAGAUGAAGAUACAGAUCCUAGGACAGAUCAACUCAGAAUGUCAAAGGCUUUCCGGCAAACCUGGUCCUGAUGAUUCAUGGCCUACAUCAGCUAGCCAAGACUUCGAUUUUGAUACCAAGUAUCCACUUCCAUUAAAGGUUGAAGAAAAAAAGAAGCACAGAGGAAGUGACAUGGAAGUAUCAGAAAACAUACACGAUGCUGCGGUUGCUGGAUUAAUUCCACAAAGACAGAAUGGAAAAGCUGAUAACCAUCAAUUGCCUAUUACAGAAAAAAAAGAUUCUGAUAGGAGUGAACCUGGGUUACAUAGGAAGAAGUUAAAGGAAGGUGAAAAUGAAAAAGGGACAUCAAAAGGAUCUGUGAUCACACCAGUGUUGAAGAAGGCCGAUUCCCUAACUGGUGGUCCACUACAAAAGAAUGAUGGCAGCCAUUUCAGUGAAAAGGAUCAGCAUGAAAGCAGGCCUGCAAAGAAAAUUUCUAAGAAGAAGAACAAGGUCAAAAAGCAAAUUACUUCUAAGGAUGACCUUGUCGACUUCAUUCAGUCAUCUGAAACAGCCUCAGAGGAUUGUGGGUUGCCUUACUCUAAGAAUUUCACGUUGCUGACUGAACAACUUGGCAUGGAUUGUAAAGGAACAGAUAAGAAUGCUGAGGAAGACUCUAUAACCAGCAGCACUGAGAUGAAGAUACAGAUCCUAGGACAGAUCAACUCAGAAUGUCAAAGGCUUUCCGGCAAACCUGGUCCUGAUGAUUCAUGGCCUACAUCAACUAGCCAAGACUUCGAUUUUGAUACCAAGGAAGGAACAGCAAAGUCAGCAAUGGAAGCAAAGCAAGAUGGUGUUGGUAUUAUUGAAAAUGUGCCACCGGAGCAAACACUUAAUGACAGUUUGACUUCUGCUGGUGGAGUGCAUAAAAAUUACAGAAGUGAUAUGAUGUCAGCAUUAGAAUUGGGAGAAGAGGAAGAUGUAGAAUCACCUUCUCUUCCUGAGUAUCCACUUCCAUUAAAGGUUGAAGAAAAAAAGAAGCACAGAGGAAGUGACAUGGAAGUAUCAGAAAACAUACAUGAUGCUGCGGUUGCUGGAUUAAUUCCACAAAGACAGAAUGGAAAAGCUGAUAACCAUCAAUUGCCUAUUACAGAAAAAAAAGAUUCUGAUAGGAGUGAACCUGGGUUACAUAGGAAGAAGUUAAAGGAAGGUGAAAAUGAAAAAGGGACAUCAAAAGGAUCUGUGAUCACACCAGUGUUGAAGAAGGCCGAUUCCCUAACUGGUGGUCCACUACAAAAGAAUGAUGGCAGCCAUUUCAGUGAAAAGGAUCAGCAUGAAAGCAGGCCUGCAAAGAAAAUUUCUAAGAAGAAGAACAAGGUCAAAAAGCAAAUUACUUCUAAGGAUGACCUUGUCGACUUCAUUCAGUCAUCUGAAACAGCCUCAGAGGAUUGUGGGUUGCCUUACUCUAAGAAUUUCAUGUUGCUGAUUGAACAACUUGGCAUGGAUUGUAAAGAUUCUGCUGGCUUCUUAAAAAUCCAAAAUAUACUUGUUUCUUAUAAAAGAUUAAGGAAACUUAACAAAAAUCACUGUAAACGAGUUACGGGAAAAAUUAAAAAAAUGGAAAAAACGGUUAGUGCACUACAAAACGAGCUACGAGAAGCCAAAGACGUGACAUCACGGUUAGAGCAUCAAAAAGUGGAAUGGGAACAUGAAGUAUGCAGUUUGAGAUUUAGUUUAAAACAAGAGGAAGAAAAAAGAAGAAAUGCUGAUCUGUUAUAUGAAAAAAGUAGGGAGAAGUUAAGAAGAAUAGAAGACCAAUAUAAGAAAGAAGUUGAAACAAAACAAGAAUUUGAACUCGCUCUUAGAACACGAAACAUGGAAUUGAAGGCCGCAAAAGAUAAUUUGAAUCAGCUUUCUGAUAGUCGUGAGGAAAUACAAGAUCUGUUGCAUAAAAACCACAUGUUGCAGGAUGAAAUCGCCAUGCUAAGACUGGAAAGAGACACCAUAAAAAAUCAGAACCAGAGAAAGGAAACGAAAUAUUGUGAAGACAUUGAAAGUGUAAAGGAAAAGAAUGACAAUCUUCAAAAGACCAUAAAGCAGAAUGAGGAAACAUUAUCAAAAACAAUAUUCCGAUAUAGUGGACAGCUUAAUGUUCUGACUGCUGAGAUUACGAUGCUAAAGUCUAAACUGGAGAAUGAAAAACAAAAUAAAGAGAGCCUGGAAGCAGAAGUUGAAUCAUACCGUGCUAGACUGGCUACUGCUGUACACAAUCAUGAUCAGAGUCAGACAUCAAGAAGAGACCUAGAACUUGCUUUCCAGAGAGCAAGAGAUGAAGAUGGUCACUUACAGGACCAGAUGAAUGUUGAUGUGUCUAAACUACAAGAUAAAAAUGAAGUUCUUUCUCGGCAACUUUCUCAAGAUGAAAGUAAAUUCAACGCCCUGGAAAUUGAGCUCCAUCACACAAAAGAUGCUCUCAGAGAAAAGACUUUAGUUUUAGAAUGUGUACAAAGGGACCUAAGCCAAACACAAUGCCAGAAGAUGGAAAUUGAACACAUGUAUCAGAAGGAACAAAGUAACAUGAAUAAAUACAUUGCAAAGCAGGAAUCCUUCGAGGAAAGGUUAUCUCAACUACAAAGUGAAAAUAUGUUGCUUAGACAGCAACUAGAUGCUGCUCACAACCAAGCUGACAGUGAAGAAAAGCUAGUGAUUGAUAUGCAAGACCAGUUUCAGAAUAUCCCAAAAUACCUUAAAGCUAAACGUGAAGAACAAGGUCUUAUGCUGGGAGAAAGAAAUAAGGAGUUAACCGAUGAGUGUAAACAUUUAAAAGAAAGAAUGUAUAAGUAUAAAAAUGAGAAAAAAAAAUUAGAAGUAGUGGUGAGAGAACUUCAACAAAAACUGGCUGAUACUCUGAAGAAACAGUCUAUGUCACACGCUUCCCCGGAGGUUGUAUCACAUCUUCGUCUGGAAGAUGAGACACGGGAUCUCAAGAAGAAAUUAGGUCGAAUCAGAAGUCAAGCUGAUGUCCUUACAACAGAACUGGAAACUACAUCUUCAAAAUGUCUACAACUGGAUGCAAAAAAUCAAAUUCUUCAACAAGAGUUAUUAUCAAUGAAAGCUUUCGAAGAAGAACGUGAAAAACUAGAGAGCAAUAACAAGAAGUUACAACGAGAAGUAGUAAACUUGAAACAAUUUAUGGAAAUGAAUAUGGUAGAACGCAGUCAAGUGGAACAGUAUAAACGGGAGAUUGAAGAAAGAGCACGACUGGACACAGUACAAAAAUUACACGAAGUCAACCUGUUUUUACAGGCACAAGCAGCAGCUCAAGAAAACUUGGACCAGUUAAGAGAAAAUGCUCAUGCUUCAACGAGAAGUCAAAUGGAACUUAGAAUUAAAGAUCUGGAAUCUCAGGUCUCUACAGUGAAGACGUCUCAAGAUUCUACUAAAACAGAGUUGGAAACCUACAGGCAACUCUACCUAGAAGAAUUAAAAGUUAGAAAGUCCUUGAGAAGUGAACUGAACAGGACUAAUGAGAGACUGUCAGAGAGUAAUACAAAACUUCUUGCGGAGAGACAGCAGCAUCAAACUUCACUCAGGACUCUUACUAUGAGCCUAGGCCUGGAAACACCUUAUUGUGGACAUUUUGGAAAUAAUUCAGUGCUCAAUGGAAACCUUACUCCAAGAAGAAACUUAGUGAUUCCUACCUUAAACCCACGGCCGUCAUAUGCCUACUGGGAGACUUCCUUGUGGAAGCUUGGAUGAUUUCUACUACCCUGUCUUGCAAAUUGUUGAUCUGUUCUUCUGCAUCUUCUUAUCUGCUGUUGAUUCCCCCUAGUGUAUUUGUCAUUUCUGUUAUUGUAUCCUUCAGCUCUGAUUGGUUCUUUUUUAUAUUUUCUAUCUCUUUGUAGAUGUUAUCACUGGAUCCAUUCAUUCUCCUCCCAAGUUCACUGAGCAUCUUUAUGACCUUUACCUUGAACUCAUCACUUCUCUCUGUUUUUUUUUUCUUAGUUUUUUUUCUUAGUUUUGUUAGUUUUUUUUUUUCUUAGGUUUUGUCAUGUUCUUUCAUUUGGAAGGUAUUCCUCUGUGUCCUCAGUUUGUCUGACUUUCUAUGUUUGUUUCUAAAAUGGUUUCUUUCAACUUUUUCUCUCUUUUGAGUGGGCGUUGCUUUUGAACAAUGUACAUUAGUUAUGAAGUCAAGGAAGAAGAGAAUGUUUCUGUAAGUGUUGUCUAGUCAUUUUUCUUGGUGGAGCUGUGACAGGUGACACUGGGUAGGCGACAACACUGCUCUUCUCUUUCUAAAUUCAGAACACAGGAGACAGGGAGAUGGAGAGAAACGUAGUAGCUUUAUUACUAAUACACCCUAACGAAUUGGAGGAUAUGAUUUAGGUUAUGUUAGCCACACUGGGCUUCCUCCCAAAUUGGGCACUUCCCCACACAGUUGUCAAUUGAGGAAACAAAUGCUUGACACCCACCCUGGGGGCAGGGUGCUUACCACAGAGCUGAGAGCAGACCCAAAUUCAUGUUACUGUGGGCAGGCACAUCUUUUCAAAGAGGAGACUCAGAAACACAUAAGCACUGCUUAGCUCCUUCUCCCAAGUUCACCCAUUAGGUAAGUCUCCCUUCCUGUCGGGAGGGAGAGAGAGAGAAGUCCAAAUGUGAGAAGUGAAGGUUCACCUAUGAUUUCUGACUGGAUUUCAAUUAUAAAUAAAGUGAAUUGUGUCUUUUGUACAUACCAACUAAUGAUGAGAGGUUAGACAGAAGCAUGCUAGAUGGGAAAGAGAAAUCUGUUGGGUUUUAAAUUUUGCUGUAAAUAACCACACCAUGGGUUCACUCAUUUGUUGAUUGAUUUUGAUAAACCAAAUUUCUUUGGAAGAAAUAAAUCAUUCUUUCAGGAAGAAUUUCCUCAGUUUCAGCUUGCUUGCUUCACCUGAAGAUUUUCUCUCUCAAGUUCUCUGUCCUGUGGUUUAAAACAGUUGUGCUUACAAAUUGACUGCUACUAAAAGGAGUUAACAUAAUUUCUGUUCCUCUAUUUUUAUUCACGACUUUAAAAUUUGUAAUUUAGUUAGAGAGCAACUAUCGUGUGCCUCAUACCUAAACAUUAUUGAGCCACAUGACAAAGUUUUAUGUAUUCAUUUUCUCUGAGCUAUACUUAAAAUAUACAUAUUUUUCCUGACUAUGAGGAAGUAACUGGCAUAGAACUCUAGCCUUGGUAAGACCAGAAGUGGAUUCCUGGUCUGCAUCUACUUGGUUUCAUGACCUCAGGCAAAGAACACUCUCUCUGAGCCCUUUUUGUCUAUUACGCAAAAUUCGGGAUUUUGACUAAAUUAGUGACUUUUAUACCUUCAACAUAAUUUUUUUUUCAAAGAAUAGAACGUAAUUUUUUUUUGCAUUAAACUGUAUUGUGCAAAA